AAAGAGAAGGGCUGUUUCCGGCGCGGCGGUUCCGGCCAGGCCCGGCCCGGCAAUUUUAGGAGAUGGUUCUGGUGCCCACGAAGGGAGAGGCUUCUCGGAGCCCUCGGGCCGCGUUCCCGUCGCCUCCGCUCCCCGGCGGUCGCCGCUCUCAGUGCUCCGUGCCGCCGGCCUCUCGUCCGGCGCGCCCGCCCAGUGCCCUCAAGCUCCCUAAACAGCUCGGCCCUUGACGUCAGUGUGUGUCCCCCGCGCCCCUCUGCCCCUCCCUGGAGGCCCCGGGACGCCCUGUGUGGACUGGGAGGGAUUCCCUCGCUUCCUUGCAGGGACUGACUGGCCGAAAGCCCAGCUAGUGACCGCCCAGAUCUGUUCGGGGGAUGGAGCGGUGGCCCGGGCUGGGACUGACCAGGUAGGGUCUCCCGGGAAGGCAGACUGGCCGGCUGAGCUCCGGGGCAGCGAUGUCUCCUCCUCACUGACUAGCAGCGAACUGUUCUGGACAGGCUCACCCAGACUGACCCGCCCAGGACGAAGCAAUUUUGGGGGCCCCAACCAGGGUGAAGGGUCUGAACUGACUGGCCCCCCCAGGCUGACCAGGCCAGCCCACUUCACCGACCUCGUGUCCCCACCUCCCGUGCAGCCAUGGAGAAGAUGUCCCGAGUGACCACGGCCCUGGGUGGCAGCGCGCUGACGGGCCGCACUAUGCACUGCCACCUGGAUGCACCAGCCAAUGCCAUCAGCGUGUGCCGUGAUGCGGCUCAGGUGGUCGUGGCAGGCCGCAGCAUCUUCAAGAUCUAUGCCAUUGAAGACGAGCAGUUUGUGGAGAAGCUGAACCUCCGUGUGGGCCGCAAGCCCUCACUCAACCUGAGCUGCGCGGAUGUAGUCUGGCACCAGAUGGACGAGAACCUGCUGGCCACGGCGGCCACCAAUGGCGUGGUGGUCACGUGGAACCUGGGCCGGCCAUCCCGCAACAAGCAGGACCAGCUGUUCACGGAGCACAAGCGCACAGUGAACAAAGUCUGCUUCCACCCCACUGAGGCCCACGUGCUGCUCAGUGGUUCCCAGGACGGCUUCAUGAAGUGCUUUGACCUCCGCAGGAAGGACUCUGUCAGCACCUUCUCUGGCCAGUCGGAGAGCGUGCGGGACGUCCAGUUCAGCAUCCGGGACUACUUCACUUUCGCAUCCACCUUUGAGAAUGGCAACGUGCAGCUCUGGGACAUCCGGAGGCCUGACCGCUGUGAGAGAAUGUUCACCGCCCACAACGGGCCUGUCUUCUGCUGCGACUGGCACCCUGAGGACAGGGGCUGGCUGGCCACGGGUGGGCGUGACAAGAUGGUGAAGGUCUGGGACAUGACCACGCACCGUGCCAAGGAAGUACACUGUGUGCAAACCAUUGCCUCAGUAGCCCGCGUCAAGUGGCGGCCUGAGUGCCGCCACCACCUGGCCACCUGCUCCAUGAUGGUGGACCAUAACAUCUAUGUGUGGGACGUGCGCCGGCCUUUUGUGCCAGCUGCCAUGUUCGAGGAGCACCGUGACGUCACAACGGGCAUUGCCUGGCGCCACCCACACGACCCCUCCUUCCUGCUCUCGGGCUCUAAGGACAGUACACUGUGCCAACACCUGUUCCGUGAUGCCAGCCAGCCUGUUGAGCGCGCUAACCCCGAGGGCCUCUGCUAUGGCCUCUUUGGGGACCUGGCCUUCGCCGCUAAGGAGAGCCUAGUGGCCACCGAGUCUGGGCGCAAGCCUUAUGCCGGUGACCGGCGCCACCCCAUCUUCUUCAAGCGCAAGCUGGACCCUGCCGAACCUUUUGUGGGCCUCGCGUCCAGUGCCCUCAGCGUCUUUGAGAUAGAGCCUGGCAGUGGCAGCAUGAGCUGGUUCGUGGACACCGCCGAGCGUUAUGCCCUGGCUGGUCGGCCUCUGGCUGAGCUCUGUGACCACAAUGCCAAAGUGGCUCGGGAGCUUGGCCGCAACCAGGUAGCACAGACCUGGACCAUGCUGCGGAUCAUCUACUGUAGCCCUGGCCUGGCGUCUGCCACCAGCCUCAACCACAGCGUGGGCAAGGGCAGCUCUUGUGGCUUGCCACUCAUGAACAGUUUCAACCUGAAGGAUAUGGCCCCAGGGUUGGGCAGUGAGACCAGGCUGGACCGUAGCAAGGGUGACACACGGAGCGACACGGUGCUACUUGACUCCUCAGCCACACUCAUCACCAAUGAGGAUAACGAAGAGACAGAGGGCAGUGACGUGCCUGCAGACUACCUGCUGGGCGACGUGGAGGGCGAGGAGGAUGAGCUGUACUUGUUGGACCCAGAGCAUGCACACCCAGAGGACCCGGAGUACAUGCUGCCCCAGGAAGCCUUCCCACUACGUCACGAGAUUGUGGACACUCCGCCUGGCCCUGAGCACCUGCAGGACAAGGCCGACUCGCCCCACGUGAGCGGCAGCGAGGCUGACGUGGCUUCCCUGGCGCCCGUGGACUCCUCCUUCUCGCUCCUCUCCGUCUCACAUGCUCUCCAUGACACCCGGCUGCCCCCUGACUUCUUCAGCGCCCUGGUGUGUGACAUGCUGCGCUUCUAUGCCGAGCAGGGUGACGUGCAGAUGGCUGUGUCCGUGCUCAUCGUGUUGGGCGAGCGCGUGCGCAAGGACAUCGACGAGCAGACGCAGGAGCACUGGUACACGUCCUACAUCGACCUGCUGCAGCGCUUCUGUCUCUGGAACGUGUCCAACCAGGUGGUGAAGCUCAGCACCAGCCGCGCCAUCAGCUGCCUCAACCAGGCGUCCACCACUCUGCACGUCAACUGCAGCCACUGCAAGCGGCCCAUGAGCAGCCGCGGCUGGGUCUGUGACCGGUGCCACCGCUGCGCCAGCAUGUGCGCCGUGUGCCACCACGUGGUUAAGGGUCUGUUCGUGUGGUGCCAGGGCUGCAGCCACGGCGGCCACCUGCAGCACAUCAUGAAGUGGCUGGAGGGCAGCUCCCACUGCCCCGCGGGCUGCGGCCACCUGUGCGAGUACUCCUGACCCGCCCGCGCUGGGCUCGGGGCGGGAGGGGCUGGGCGUGGCAAGCCAAUAAAGGAAGCAAGAGCCGCA